UUGGGAACUCAACAAUCGCCUACAAACUAGUUCACGCUCCUUCUAGUGUUAAUAAAGAAGAAGAAGAAAUUCAAAAUGGUUGAAAAAAUAUAACAAACUGUGUGUUUCGUUAGAAGGUAAUUGGCCGGUAUUUUUGUUGGAUAAAUAAAAUCUUUUAUUGAAGAUAAUUAUUCUAUUCGAUAGAGUUUGUCCAUAAUGACAAACAAAUUGGAUGAAUUGUACGAAAAGUACAACGUUUUAGCUGACGCUAAGGAUAAUAUAGCAAAGCAUUCGGCAUUAUAUCUCGAGUGUAUUGCAUUAAUUCGAGGUAAAAAUGGCAGUGAAAAGGAGAAAAAACUUGCUGGACAAAUUAUUUCAAAGUUUUUUAAAAAUUUUCCAGAACAUCAGGAACAGGCUUUACAAGCUCUUUUUGAUCUAUGUGAAGAUGAUGAUAUCACGGUCCGAAUCAGUGGAAUACAAGUGCUCCCACUUAUAUGCAAGAAUUCAAAGGAAUGUAUACCAAAAGUAGUUAAUAUUUUAACACAAUUGUUACUAUUAAGAGACCAAGAUAAUCAUGUUACAAAUACUUCAUUGCAACAAAUAUUCAGGGAAGAACCUUUAAUUACAUUGAAAGUAGCAUUCGGUUAUAUCAGCAGCACUGAUAAUGUAGAGGGUAGGGAAAAAUGCAUUCAAUUUGUGUAUAAAAAACUAGUAAAAAUUGAGGACAAGAUUACACCUGAAGUUAAUGAUUUGCUUUUAGAAGAAGGAAAGACCAUAUUACAAGAUUCUACAGCUACAGAAUUUUUGACUGUUGUACCAUUUUUGUCUACUUCCAAACUUACCAAAACAACAGCAGGUCAGCAAGAACUAAUUAAUGCUAUAACAGAAAGAGCAGAACUUAACAAAGAGUUUGAUCCACAAGAUACAGAUAAUUUGCAUUGCGACAGAAUUAUAUUGUGCACUGAACAUGCACUACCACUUUUCAAUGCAAAUGUAGAAUCUACAAACUUUGUAAAAUUCUACUGUGAUCAAAUUUUGAAUAAAUGGGAUGAAAUUGGAAAGUUAAAGGAUGGCACCAUCUUGCAGUAUCAAUUCUUAAAGCAGUUGGCAGAGCUUACAAUACAUUGCGGAAAGCUAGAUACUCCUUCCGCUUAUGUUGUACAAAUUUUCGAUAAAAUGAAAAGAUAUAUGCCUUUGCCACCAGAAGAUGGAGACAUUGACAAAAUGCCAAAUCUUGACUUCACUUCUGUAGAAUGUUUCUUAUUUGCUUUCCAUAGGCUAGCGAGACAAUGUCCAGAUUUUCUUACUUCAGAUCCAGCUGUACUUAAAGAUUUUAGGUCAAGGUUAAACUAUUUUUCGAGAGGAGUUGGAGGUUGCAAAAGGUCUUUAGAAAAAAUUGAAAUAAAAGAUAAGGAAAAUGAAAAAAUUAAAAUUGCCCCUGCUGUAUUGGAUAACAUUAACUCCUUGAUCAAGGAUUUGUUUUAUACAUCUCCUAUUUAUAAAUGUAACGUACAGCUUUCAUUUAAAACGUUAGCUACUAAAGUUAAGACUCCCGAAAAAGCAACUGCAACACAAAAAAGACAUGUUCCUAUCCAUUUUGAUUCCAGUAAUGGUUCUACAAAUAAACAAAUAAGGUCUAACAAAGGAAAUGAUAAUGUAAAACUGUAUCAACCGCCCAGUGGAAAGUUUAGCAACAAUUUCCAAAGUUAUGAUCGACAGGGUGGUCGAGGAAGGGGUAGAGGUCGAGGUGGACCAAGAGGAUCAAGAGGCAGUUCAAGGGGCUGGCGA